AAAAACAUUGUUUUUGUUUAUGCACUGGUAAAAUUUGAGUUGAUUUUUCUUUAAUAAUGUUCUUUUUUAUAUAUAUUGGAAUAAGAAGAGAAAUCUAGAAUCCUUUCUGUAAAAACUAAUUACGUCAACAAAUUUUAGAUUUUGAUCCUGGCUUUAUCCAAUGUUUAGAUUUCUGUUCUGGAAAUGUAUGCAAAUUAGUGCAUAAUUAAUUACAUAAUGCCUCAUUUGCAUAUGUUAAACACUUUAGAAAACUUGCAACCCUAAACACUUAUCUUAAUGUACCGUGAAUAAUCAACUAGGAAAGUAUGGUGAUAUAUAUUUGUUGCAUUUUUCCCCAAACUUAUUUACUCACCCCCGUGUCAAUCCAAAUUUGUGUGAUUUCAUUCAUGUGUAAGACAAAAGGAGACGUUUUGAAAAAUGUUCACGCUGAUCUUUACUAUUCAAUGCAAGUAUUUAACAUGGAGACAAGAUAUGUUGUGCAAGCUUUUAUGUUGUCACAUCUGUCUUUAUCAAAUGCUUCAGUUUGAAAAUACAGUAGAAGGUUUUGAAAGAAUGUAUAAUAUCUAUAAUUACUUUACGAGUCUUGAUAUAUAGUGCACAUAUUGUCAUAUAAGGUGUUUUAUUGUGCUUUUUGGCGCUUGAUAGCCCCUGUUUGCUGUGUGCUUUUGUUGUUGCCGUACAUGAAAGAGCAGUGUCACUUUACUAAACAUCUCCUGCUGUGUUUCAGGAAGAAAGAUGGAUCUGAAAUGACUUGAGGCUGAGUUAUAGCAGUAAAAAUUGCUUAAAAGCCAUGAGAAUAAUGCAUAGACAGUAAUCCAAUAGCAGACUGGAUGCAACUACAACUCAUGUGCAAGACUUCUCCAAAAAUAAAACGGCACAUGUGGUGGUGAGGGAAGAGCUAUAGGGACUUCUGAAGGUCAUGAAAUAACCUGCUGCAAUCAUAAUAAGACUUAAACUGUCCACCAUCAUAUAUCAGACUAAAACGCUACCCGAUCAUGACCCCACAGUGACGACAGGACGAGGUCAGCCAGCUGGACAGAUGCCCUAACUUCACUACUCAUUAAACACUUACACAGGUAGCUUUUAAGAACGACACAACAGUUAUAAAGGACUUUAAGCAUGUGUGGCUGAAAUGUCCUUGAUAGGAUCUGACUUUAUGUGAAUCAUCUCUUUCCAGAGUAUUUGAGAGCUUGAUUCGUUUGUAUACGUACAUAUGACAUCUGCAUGUAUGCUACAUACACCUUGUUUAAAAUCUGCUGUCAUGUGUGCAGAUGAAAUGUUUCGUUUCCAUAACAUUCCUUUAUUAAUCAUAACGUGCUGGAUAGAGCUAGCAGGCUACCGCUAGCACUACAGUGGCAAAAACAUUGUAAAGACAAAAUCCACACCAGUAACUUAUCAUGUACAUGAGUCUUACCUCCUGUGAAACCAAUAUAAGUGUAAAUACAAAAAACAUAUACAAUAUUUUCUGUAUAUAAACUAUGUUGCUCUUUUUGACUACAGCAUGUCCUAACAGCAAUAAUUAAGAGUCAAUAACUUUCAAACAUCACUUUAAUAAACAUAAAUGACUUGUAUGUUAUGAUUUAAUUGCUUAAAUGUGUUAAUCUGUUAUUAGUGUUACAAGAACACACUCCUACGGGAAGCUAAUGCUAAUAUUGUGACAGCACAAGUUAAGAUGUUUACACCGCGAAUUUAUUUACUAAAGGUGUUUAUGUUUGUGAUUAUAUAAAUCUGCGCAGUUCGUAGAGCUAAAUGUAUGUAAUUAACUACCUUCUGGUCGCGGUCCGGGGGCUGGUUGGGUCAGUGAGGCGGUACCGACUCAGAGCUUCUUUAGUUUUUUUAGUGUUUCCACUUCAGACUGACAGAGGGAUGGACCGGAAGUGGUUACGAAAGAAUCGCUUCUAGUGUUUCCACUCGCGUGGUGUUUCCACUCGCGUGGCGUUUCACUUACUACACAACAGGAGAAAGUUUUAUUCAUUUAUUUUAGCUUACACAAAAUAAUAUAAUAAAGAGAAUAUUAGAAUGGACACAGAUUCACAAACUACAUAUUUGUGAUGAUUGUAAACAGACAUCGUAGAUUACAGUUUACACAUAAUAAAGUGCAGCACCAGAACAGCAGAGGGCAGUCGGAAGAGAAAGACGCGUUGCUUCGCUUUGUGUGCUUUCCACGAAACAGGGAAGGAAUCUUCCUUAGACGAUUGUAGGGUUAAUAUAAAUAGUAUAUUUUAUUCCGUUAAACAAAUAAUAUGUGGAACGUGAAAUACUUUGUCAUAAUUUCAUUUUAGUAUGUUAUAUAUACAAAUUAAUUGUAAAAUCUGCUCUCUACUUUUAAAAAAAUAAAUUGCACACCAUAAAGUUGAUAAAUUUCCCCGUGUCUGAAAUGGUACAGUUCAAGCGUUCAAACAUUCGCGGUAAAAUUAUUAUUACUGUCAGACUCUGGAUAAUUUUUUUUAAACUUUGUGAUAACGCUAGGCUGUUGUUUUUGUUUUUUAUUGUAAGUGAGUAUUUUAUCUAUCAUUAUAUGUAAUUAAAUUAAUGCGAAGAUGAGUAGGAUGACGAGAACUCUGAAAGCUCUUCAGCGCGAGCUGAAGAAUGCAAAACAGAGCAGUAAUGAUGCAGUGGAGUCCUCACAGCCCCUGGACAUUUCAUCCAUUGAGAGAGCCAGUUUCUUUCAAGGAUAUCAGUAUUCUCCUCAUGGGAACCCCCUUCACAGUACCGCUUUGGAAGAAGAUCUCAGUCCUGGACCAGAACAGAACCAAAAGUCUGCUCCAGAGACGAUUGGUCGACCACGAGCUGGGAAGUGUGCUCUCGGUGUAAUGGACACUGAUAAGACCACAGUUACUCAGGCUAAGAAAAUAAGCAAAGCUGUUUCCGAGGCAUUGAAUAACAAAGCUUCAUCCAAAGAGAACCAGGAACCACAUCAAGUCAAGUCAAGUCAAGUCUGCUUUAUUGUCAAUUCUUCCACAUGUACAGUACAUACAUACAGAGAAUCGAGACUGCGUUACUCUCAGACCUGUCAGACAACAAAUAAAGGAGAAAAAUCAGUAGUAAGAAGAGGUAAAGGCAGACCUUUGCCAACCAUAUCAGAAGGCAGAGAGGAUGCAGGCAAGAAAAGAACAUCAAUCCCCACAAGCUACACAGCCAAUGAAGCAGUCAAAGGUCGGAGGUCAGUAAAAGAAUCCUCUUUGACCCUAGGAGCAGCUCAGAGACAGCAGAGGUUACCGCCAUCCUCAGAAGAUCUGACAGACGAAGAGGAAAGUUUUCACCCAAGCAUGGAGAAGUCUAAGAGAAGAGCGUCCAGUCAGCGGCAAAGUGGCCAGAAACAAAAAAGGAAAUCUUCAUCUUCAUCGGUUUCCAGGAGUUUGUCACUCAGUAAAAGUAAGUGUGAAUUGCACUUAUCAAAGUCAAUUGCUAAAAUAUUUGACUCUGGUUUCUGCAGGGAGACUAUAAACUCUGAAGCAGUCAAACGCUCCAUUGAUGCUGUCGGUCGCUCAUUUGAGGAGCAGCUCUCAGAGAUAGCGAGACUGUUUUUUAGACAUUUUCACAUCAACAGCACUAUUAAUCAGAAGAGGACCAGACUUGUGGAAGCCAUUAAUGAGCUCAUAAAGGGAAAGACAAAGCUGAGAAACCUUCAGAAAGAUCAUGAUGAGAUGGAACAGAGACUCAAAGCUCUGAGAGAAGGUUCCUCUUUGCUCACCCACCUGCAGGAGCUCAACAGAAAGUACAUGAAGCACUCCACAGCUCAUCCGGAUGAGGUGGAAAUGUAUGGCCCAUCCUGUAUGCCUGCCAUGUUGAUGGAAGCCAGGUGCAUCAUGGGAACCGAGCACCAGCUAAAGACUGUUAAUGACCAUCUUCAGCAGGUCUUCGAUGAAACUGAAAAUUAAUAACUACACACACUGUACAGCUCAACAAAUAAACCAUUAUAAUCGAAUGGUACAUUAUCAAAGCCAUCAUUAACAAGUGUUGGGAGCCAACCCGGCGUCCGAGGCUCAGACGAUGCUGUACUGCGCACUACAAGAGAACAUCGAGCACCUGAGCGGAUAAUACUUUUCUGACAGUCAGCUGGUGCAAGUCAAACCCGAGGCCAGAGACAAUGGAAUCGCCAAAAAACUGUUGGACAUUAUUGAGAAGUUAUGUGGCAUGGCUUCAAUACACUGCUGUGAGAACAUUAUUGGUAUUUUUUCUUUUGGUAGAGUUCUCUGCAGACAAAGUCAUAUUUACAAACAGGAAUCCUGAAAUUCGAAAUGAAAAAGCCCCUGAAAAAAACACUGAGAUCAUUUCUAGUCUAAAGCAUCGUCUCCAUAUGAUUCUCUUAUGAGACAAGCUCAUGCGGGCAUUAGAGGACAAAGGGUCUAAGUGACUAAGCACCAUUUCAAACCUUACCACCAUGAAAUUCACUAUGAUUAAUAAAAAUAAAGUAAUCGUGAUGCUUCA